AUGGAUCGAGAGAUAAGAAAACAGGAUGUUCCACGAGAGGGAGAUGGUUGUAUGCAGUUUUUAUUCUUGGUCAAGUUCUACCCAGAGGAUGUUGAGGAAGAGCUAAUCCAAGAUCUCACUCGGCAUCUUUUCUUUUUACAAAUAAAACAAGCCAUAUUAUCCAUGGAUCUCUAUUGUUCACCUGAGGCUUCUGUACUUCUCGCAAGUUUCGCUGUUCAAGCAAUUAAUGGAGAUUGCACGGAUGACACCGGGCCAUUGGAUUUGGACAAAUUGUUACCGAAAAGCGUCAUUGAUCAGUACGAUAUGAGCGCUGAUAUGUGGAGAGAGCGUAUUAAGCGCUGGUGGAUCAACAAUCACGGCCAAUCGAGGGAAGACGCUGAAAUGGAAUAUCUCCGUGUGGCCCAAGAUCUCGAAAUGUAUGGAAUACUAUACUACCCAAUCUGUAACAAGAAAGAAACUGAUCUACAUCUUGGUAUUUCGGCACAAGGUCUCGGUAUAUAUAAGGGCUCAAAUCGGAUAACACCGCGGCCGUUCUUUUCAUGGAGCGAAAUCAAAAAUAUUUCAUUCUAUAACAAGAAGUUCCAUAUGAAAACGGUGGAUAAGUCGAAGAUAUCGUUUCGUGCCCAAGAGAGAACUAUAAAUCCUUCAAUUCUUGAUUUGUGUAUAGGAACCCACAAUCUAUAUCUCCGACGUCGUCAACCGGACACUUUAGAGGUGCAACAGAUGAAAGCGUUGGCAAAAGAGGAACGAGCUCGGAGACAGGUUAGUCGCCCUCUUCAAAAUGUUACAGUCACUACGCCACCAAUAAAGCUACGUCAAUGUGCCACGAAAUGA